AUGACCGUCGACAAGGCCACCACCUGCUGCGGCAAGAGCGCCGAGUGCGUCUGCGCCCAGCAAGCCAAGUGCUCAUGCGGAAAGGAGUCCGCCCUCCACUGCUCCUGCAGCAAGGCCUCUACCGAGAACGCCGUCUCCGGACCCCGCUGCUCGUGCCGCGCCCGCCCCGCCGGCGAGUGCACCUGCGACCGCGCCGGCACCGAGAACGUCAAGCCUGCCGGCGCAACUUGCUCCUGCGGUGUCAGACCUGCCGACGCCUGCACGUGUGACAAGGCCUCUGAUGGCUCGUUCAACCCCAGCGAGCACGAGAUUGACUUCACCACUCGUCGCUAA